UAUCUAGAAAUAAGCAAUUAUAAUAAUUGGAUAGCAUCAAGCAAUAUCCUAAGUACUACCAAUUAUAAUAAUUGGAUAGCUAAUAGCAAUAUCCUAAGUACAACCAAUUAUAAUAAUUGGAUAGCUAAUAGUAAUAUCCUAAGUGUUACCAAUUAUAACAAUUGGAUAGCUAAUAGUAAUAUCCUAAGUACAACCAAUUAUAAUAAUUGGAUAGCUAAUAGUAAUAUCCUAAGUACAACCAAUUAUAAUAAUUGGAUAGCUAAUAGUAAUAUCCUAAGUACAACCAAUUAUAAUAAUUGGAUAGCUAAUAGUAAUAUCCUAAGUACAACCAAUUAUAACAAUUGGAUAGCUAAUAGUAAUAUCCUAAGUACAACCAAUUAUAACAAU